CGAGUUCCAUAACAUAUUUGAUAGGGAGCACUUGUGUAGUGAUGGAUUUCAUAUUUAACUCAAAGAAUUAAAGAUAUUUAAACCUCCAUUGCAGCCUUUCUUUGUUUGGUCUAAAAGAGUACUUAUUUGACUUCUAAAUUGAAACCUCUACAGGGAUUUGAAUAGUUUGUAUAAAUCUACUGAUUCUGUUUUUUGAUUUCUUUGCCAAGAAUCUAUUUGAAGUAUAAUGGCUUCAGCUUCUCCUUCUCAAGCUAGUCUCCUACUUCAGAAACAACUCAAAGAUCUCUGUAAAAAACCAGUUGAUGGAUUUUCAGCUGGUUUGGUUGAUGAAAGCAACUUAUUCGAAUGGAGUGUCACCAUUAUUGGACCGCCGGAAACUUUAUAUGACGGGGGUUUCUUUAAUGCUAUCAUGAGCUUUCCUCAAAAUUAUCCCAACAGUCCGCCAACUGUUAAAUUUACCUCGGAGAUUUGGCAUCCUAAUGUUUACUCUGAUGGAAAGGUUUGCAUCUCAAUCCUUCAUCCCCCUGGUGAUGAUCCAAAUGGCUAUGAGCUUGCUAGUGAGCGUUGGUCUCCAGUCCAUACGGUGGAGAGCAUAAUGUUGAGCAUCAUAUCAAUGCUUUCAAGUCCUAAUGAUGAGUCCCCUGCUAAUGUCGAAGCAGCUAAGGAAUGGAGAGACAAUAGAGAUGAAUUCAAAAAAAAGGUUAGUCGUUGUGUAAGACGGUCUCAAGAAAUGAUGUAAAACAAACUUCUUUCGCGUCAUCAGCUGCUGAUCAUCGAUACAAAUGUAGAAUCGCUGUCAAGGUCAUACCUUUCUGUAUCAUUACGCCUUUUCGUCUUGCAAGUUCAAUCGUCGUUUACAUUAUUUUUUGGGUUAAAACUUUAGUUUUUGAGGUUCUUGCCAUUUAAGUGAGAUUGUACAUCUCAGAAAUGAGCUAAAUGAAUCUUUUCUUCUUCUUAUUAGAGAACUGAUUAUUUGUUUCAUGAAAAAUUUGUCUUUGUUACAAUGUU